AUGGGCAUAAAACAUGUGUGGGACCCAGAGAGACCCACGGUGGUCAUUGCCCCAGGCAGACGAGCCACUACAGGGCCACCCCGCUGGGUGAGGACCAUGGCCCACGAGCUCUGGGCUGUUGGCCAGGAGAAUGUCCUCGCUGUGGACUGGCUGGUUCCAGCUGAUAUGGAGCUGACUGAAGCAGCUAAACAGAUCGGGAAGAAGCUGGCUCAAGCCAUCCAGCAGCUGCUGGUUAAGGGGUCAGCCCCAGAUAUGUUUCACUUGAUUGGCUUUGGAGUUGGAGCACAUAUUGCUGGCAUUGCUGGCUCCAGUAGGAAUGGCACUAUUAGCAGAAUUACAGGCCUCGAUCCUUUUGUCCUGUUUUCUGGAGCCAACAGUUCAGUCCACCUGGAUUACACCGAUGCGCAGUAUGUCGAUGUGAUCCAUACCAACUUCAAUCCUAUUGAGCCCAUGCCUGCUCUUGGGUUCUCCAGACCUCUUGGCCAUGUUGAUUUCUACACUGGCAGUGGAUCCAGGUUACCAGGAUGUCCCAAAGGACUUUUCAAAAGAGAACAAUACCUGCUAUGCAGCCAUCAGCGUGCCUGGAAGAUUUACAUCAGCUCCAUUCAGAGACCCUGUCAUCAUUUAGCAUUCCCCUGCCAGUCGCUGGAGCACUUCCAGCGUGCACACUGUACACUCUGCCGCUGGCCUGGCCUCAGUACCUGCCCAGAAAUGGGAUAUGACAUCACUUGGCUUCCUACCAGUCGGCCCCUCCCAUUCCAGCCCCUGACUGCAUUUCUGGUCAUUUCAUCUCCUCCACCUUACUGUGUCACUCCUUUCCUGCUGGAACUCAGUGUUGGAGGGAACAUCUCAAUGCAGGCCAGGCUCCAUGUUCAGCUCCAUGUUCAGUCACCAUGUCAACCAAUACGUUGGCCUGACAUGAUGCAGUUUGUUGCACACAAGGUCUAUCGGUUUAUGGUCUCAGCGGACACUGCUGGAGAUUUUCAGACCAUUUCACUUGAGUUCAGCACUCAGUGUUUGCUUUACUUUGAAUGGAGGAAAAGGAGUCUUUGGAUUCGCCAUCUUCUGCUGUCCUAUCUGGCCAUAGACAGAAGGAUUGCUUUCCAAGCAUGGAAUUUAACAGCAGUGGAAAACCAAAAGGUUGUAGUAGCGCUAGAGAGGAUUUUGGUGUAGAGAG